AAAUACAUUGGAACACCAUUGCUCAACUCUGAACAAGGCAGUCUCACUGUUUCCUUUUAUUAGACGUGAACUAGACAGUAUUAAAGAAGUCAUCUCCAGUAAUCUGGAGAACUGGUCUGCCAUGAAAGAAGAAAUCUUUCUGCAAAUAAAAACAGUUAGCAAAGAAGCUUUGACAGAAAUACCCAAAUUGAAUCAAAGAUUAGCAAAGUCCCAGAGAGAGAAUGAGUGCCUCCAAGAAAAGGUAAAACAUCUGACAGUGGUGGCUGACACAGUUGAGCUGAAAAGUCAACAGCUUCAAACUUCACUUCAGCAAGAGAAUGAGCUACAAAUUAGAUGCCGUGAACUACAAAAGGAAACAUUAGAUUUAACAAAUCAAGUAGAGACAAUCGGACUGAAGCUGCAGAAAGUAACAGCCGAGAUGGACCACUACAAAAAGCUGUUAAUGGUGAAAUCAACGGAACUUGAUGUCUGUCAAAAUGAACUGAAAAAAAUUAAAUACGAAAAUGGAAUUUCCGAGUCAAGGCUUACAAAAGAGCUCAAGGAAAAGGAGGAAUCUUUUCUAAUUUGCCAACAAGUAUGCAAACAUUUACAGGAAGAAGUAGCUGAGAAAGAAAGGAAAGAAGAAGAUCUAAAAAGAAGAACCAGUCGAUUAGAAAGUGAGCUGGAAGCCCUUAAAGCUCGUCUUAGACAAACAGAGGAAGAAAUAGUGAUGUUGAAACAAGAAAGGGAGUUAAUGCUGAUUUCUCAUCAGAACAGAACAGAGCAGCUGCAGGAAGCAUUAAGACAGAAGAUGCGGAAUGAAGAUAACUGGAGGGAGAAGAUGGAAAUUGAUCUGGCUAAAGGUGAAGCACAACACAAAGAAGCAAUUCUUAAAAUCAAGGAAGAAGCAAGACUGGAACUAGACAUUGAGAGACAAAAGCAGCAAGAACUAAUCGCAAAAUAUCAGAGAGAUCAUGAAGAGCUUCAGAAGAAGAUUCCAGGUUUAAUAUCCAGUGCUACCAAUAGCUUAAGGAUGGAGACAGAAAUUCUUGAAAAGAAGCUACAAGAUGCCCAGAUCAAACUUGCAGAGAAAGAUGAAGAGAAGGAAAAAGAAAUUCAGAGCCUUAAAAGACUAAUUACUGAACUUGAAUUUCAGCUGUCGAUGGAAAAGAACAAUAAUGAAUCAUUUCUGGAUAAUAUGAGAAAAGAAAUAAAACACAAGUCAGAUGAACUGGAAAAAUUAACCCAGGAGAGGACACAGCUGAUUCACAAUCUGAGUCAAGUUCAAGAAGAGAACACUCUUCUCCAGGAAACAGUGCGCAGAGAGUGUGAGGAACGCUAUGAGCUGACUGCAGCUUUGACUCAAGCCAGGGAACAAGUACUGGAACUAAAAAAACUCAGUGGAAACUUCCCAUUAUUGCCGUGUUCCCUGGCUCAGGGCAGCCUAACCUCCUCUGCUGCCCUGCUCGCUGAUUAUGGACAGAAAAGCCGCUCCAGUCCCAGCGCUGGGAAGGAAAUCAAUCUCUCUAGACAGUUUGGUAUUUCAAGAGCUGCGAAGGCACCCACCUCUGGUAAGCGUAGCAGCAGCAGCAGUGUGUGCUUGCCGGCUCUAGCUCCACCACAUCCUCCAAGAGGAAGGGCAGCUUCGCUCAGCGAGCCCAGGAGCAGGAUCUCUGCAGUUAGAAGACGACAACUGAGUUAG